AUGACUGGUUCAAGAGUAAUGAAGAAGGCAAAGGCAAAACUCAACAUCACAACCAUGACCGGUUCAAGAAUAAAGAAGAAGGCAAAGAACAAGAGACGACACACUCCAAAUAAUGAAAGCCACUCUUCUUCUGCAGCCAUAAAAUCACUUCCAAGAGAUUUGUUAGUAGAAGUGAUUGCAAAUGUAGCCUCUCAUUCUUUCAUUGACCUUCACAACCUGAAGAAGUGUUCUAAAGAUUUUCUUAAUGCUACGGAGGAUAACUAUGUUUGGCAACAAGUUUCUUUGGAGACUUUUCCUUUUAUCGAGUGGUAUCCAAUGGAAAAAAAGUCAUCUUUCUUGGAGCGCUGCAGGAAAAGUGGAAACAUUGAAAGCUUGUAUAGAGAAGGGUUGCGAGAAUAUUUUAAUCAUGAUCCAAGUGGAAAUAUUAAUCAUGGUCUUGAGUUCUUGAAGGUAGCAACUCAAAAGGGUCACAAGGAAGCAAAAUAUGUGUACGGCAUGAUUUUAUUAUGCUCCAAAGAUGAUGACUUGAGAAAACAAGGACUCGAGCACAUGCGUUUUUUAAGGAAGUCUAAGUGUGUUAUAAGCUGCAGGAAGAAAGUGCAACGGUUCUUGCGCUCUAUGUGGACCAAUAAUUCAAUGGUGGAGCACAAUCUGAGCACUCUAUGCAACUGCAAGAGCACAUGCAAUGGAUGGAGAGUGAAAAGGGGUAGAUGGUUUCUACUAGAUGAUGAUGAUGAUGAUUAUGAUACUAGCUUAUGUGAAUAUUGUAGAUGGGAUCAUGAGAUUAAGUAUUUUUAUAACCGGUUGUUGAAUGCUUAUUAG